AUGUCACGCGUAAGCAGCGACGAGCAGCUUAAUUUCUUGCUGAAAUGUGUCAAACACUCAAGCAAUGGAAAGGUGGAUUUCGCCGAAGUGGCUGCAGAGUGUAAUAUCGUCUCUAAGGGCGCAGCAGCGAAGCGCUAUGAACGCUUGAUGAAAGCCAAUGGUAUCAAUCCAAACGGUGGCCCAGCGUCUGGCACUGACGGGCCCUCUCUACAUGAAGCCAGCAGCAAUGGGGCAACUCCGAAAAAAUCCACUCCUAAAACUCCCUCCAGGCCAACUAUCGCGUCAGGAACAAAAACAUCAUUCACCCGCAAGCAUAAGACCUCUAUCAAGGCAAACAACACUGGGAAGAAAGUCAAAAUCGAUGACACCGAUUCAGGCAAUGCAGUUCCCAGCAAGGGGCCUAUAAAAUGCGAAAGCGUUGAUGCUAAUGUCUUCUGUGUGGAGGGGGCAGAAGUUGCGAUGAAGUCCUCCAAUGACCCAGUUUUAUCUGAAGGGUCUGGGCUUGCAGAGAUCAAUUUCGACCACGAACAGGGAUGCUUGUACAAUGAGUUUUGCGGGAUAAACGCCUUGCCCAAAGGGCCCGCUUCUCGUGGUUCUGGUGGGGGUGGGAGUUUUGCGCAUGGAGGCAACGAGGUCGGCUUUAAAGGUCCCGAGGAUAGGGAACUGGGCAUCCUGGAGGCUGGAGAUGCAGAGAUUUGA